AUGGAAGAAACUAAGGCAAAGAAGAAUGAGAAUCAGGUUUUGGAAACGAAUUUGUCAGAUAGAUCGAUGUGGCUAAUGAAAUGCCCUACACUCGUCGCACCUUCUCUACAAUCUCCUCCUUUACCCGACGAUCCGUACCGUCCUGUUGCUAAAGUGACCCUCUUCAUCGAUCCUCUCGCUCCCGAGGAAGAAGAAGCCAAAUUCGUAAUGGAAUUAGCUCGAGCUGAAUCUGGAAACAUGCCAAAACGUUAUACAUUGGAUAUGUCUCAAGAUUUUGUCCCCAUGGCUGUUUUCGGUGAGGCUUCAGAGGGGAAGAUGUCAGCAGAAGGGAAGAUAAAAAACAAAUUUGACAUGAGGCCUCAUAGCGAGAACAUCGAGAGCUAUGGAAAACUUUGCCGUGAAAGAACAAGCAAGUAUAUGUGCAGAAAUAGACAGAUCCAGGUCAUUGAUAAUGCCAAUGGAAUGCAUAUGAGGCCAAUGCCAGGAAUGAUUAUCCCCACCGCGGCUCCUGAAAAGAAGAAAGUGGCAAACAAGACAUUGGAUAUGAAGAGAACGAGGAGAGACCGGAGAGAGAUGGAGGAAGUCAUGUUUAAUCUCUUUGAAAGACAAUCGAAUUGGACUCUGAGGCAACUCAUUCAAGAAACUGACCAACCAGAGCAAUUUCUGAAAGACUUGCUUAGAGAUCUUUGCAUUUACAACAACAAAGGAAGCAAUCAGGGAACUUAUGAGCUAAAGCCCGAGUACAAGAAAACCCCACAGGAAUAG